GCUCAACUCACCACCCGCACACUACGCUCCUCAAAGUUACUAAUCAUAUAUGUUUGGGUAUAGGAUACCCGCGGUACUCCGCCCUCUGCGUCUACAUCCAUAACUCUGACAGAAAACAUUUUGGUACUACAAAAGCCGGGGUCUUCUGAAUUAGCCGAUGAUGCCAGCAUGACAGACGAACGAGAAAAGCGACAUGUUACCAAACAGCCACGGUGCGUGCAAAGGAAACCUGGAUUGGAACGACUGAGCAGUCAAGACGAUGAUGCCUCUAUACCUGUGCCCACGGAACAUGGACACAUCAGAUCGAGCACUUGGGUAGAUACUCGAAGCGAGCCUACUGCAAUACCCAAAAACCCUAGGGCGCCGUUGCUACUGCAAAACACGCAUUCGCACAGCGCUAAACAACUAGGCCAAGAGCAAAGGAAACAGAGGCUCGAAGAAUAGAG